AUGUACAAUCAGUAUCAACAACAGCAACCUCUGCAGGGGUUCAAUCCCCAGCAGACGGGCUUUGGUGGCGGCUACCCUAACCAGCAACAGCAAUAUGGGCAGCAGCCACAGGCUGGUGGAUUCUUCCAGCAGCCUCAACUCCAAGGCCAAGCCACUGGAUUCUAUCAGUCCCCACAGCAAACCAACUUCUACUCGAACCAAGGAUACCAGGCCCAGGCCCAGACACAGGCAACUGGAUUUGGACAGCCUCCUCAAUUGCAGCCCCAGCAAACGGGCUACAUCCAGACCCAGCCCACUGGGUUUGGCCUGGUUGGAGUGCCAACCGUGAUUGAGAACAGCGAACUAAAGAUUCCCACCAUCCGGUUGUCGUUUAUCUCAGUAGACGAGCAAAAGAAGUACGAGCACUUGUUUAGAACCGCAGUUCCCAAGGGCGAACAGGCAAUUGGUGGCGAUUCUGCCAGUACCAUUUUGUUGAGAUCUGGAUUGCCUCCGGUGACUUUGGCCGAGAUCUGGGGCUUGUCUGACACCAACAAGACUGGGUCGUUGUUAUUCCCCGAGUUUGCCUUGAGUUUGCACUUGUGCAGCAUGGCAAAGAAGGGCGAGGCCCUUCCCUCCAUUCUUCCUGAAAGGUGGCAAAACGAGGUCAAAAGUUUCGUGGACGCAAUUAACUUCACCGUUCCUGAAGACCCAAACAAAAUCUUGGCCAACACCCCAUUCGCUCCCAAAAACACAGAAAAUGACUGGUUGCAGCCUCAAGGAACUGGGUACUAUGCCCCUCCUACCACUUCCUUUCAACCUCAACAGACUGGUUUUGGUGGCCCUGCAUUGUCCAACCAAGGAACCUCGUUUCAAUUGCUGCAACAGCGCACUGGCGGUGGGUCGUUGGUCCCAUUGCAACCGCAACAAACUGCUGGUUUGAUCCCAGCUCAAAAAACUGGUCCAUUGCAGCCUCAAUCUACUGGCUUCCAAUCUCAACCAUUGCAGGCCCAAGGAACUGGAUACCAGCCCCAAUUGGCCGCUCAAAGAACCGGAAACCAGCUUCAAGCCCAAACAACUGGUCACCAGAACCAAGGCUCUUUCCAACCUCCAACUGGGUUUCAACCUCAACCUACAGGUUUGCUUCAAUCGCAACCAACAGGAAAACCCGGAGAAUGGGGAUUUGUUCACACUCCAACAGGUGGAAUCCCUGGCUUGAAUGCUAUGCAGCAACAUUUCUUGCCUAAUGCUCAACUACCAACCAACAACUUGCAAAAUGUUAUGGGUGGAUCUUUGAAGUCUAAUGUUACGUGGGCCAUCACUAAGCAAGAAAAGCAAAUUUACGAUGGUAUCUUCGGUGCUUGGGAUACUACCAAGAGAGGAUACGUAGACGGCGAUGUUGCAUUGAAUAUUUUUGGUAAGUCUGGUUUAAGUAGACCAGACUUAGAAUCUAUCUGGAAUUUGGCAGAUACAAGCGAUAGAGGUAAGUUGAACAAAGAUGAAUUUGCAGUUGCCAUGCAUCUUGUUUACAGAAGAUUAAAUGGAUUAGAAUUGCCACUUAGAUUGCCCCCAGAAUUGAUCCCUCCAUCGAACAAGUACUUGCAAGAUUCGAUGGAUUCGUUGAAAAACUCCCUUAGAGGUGGCUCUAACGGCUCUAAAGGCAGCGUCAGCAACAAGUCAGCAACCAAGCCUGAUGGUAAGAGAUUCAAAAAUGAUGAUGAAAACUUUGGCUAUGUUUCUGGAGCUCGUCAUAGAAGAAAGAGCGAGGUGGCGGAUGAGAAUGCGGAUGACAACAGAGCUAUUUCCUCAGCUGAUCCAAAUUUGAGUAUUGAUCAAUUAAAGAGAUUGAUCCGUCAAAAGAAAAUUUUGUUGGAUGCUCUGGAUGCAGAGGAUCAGGAUUUGGCCCUCUCCAAGAAGAGAUCUGAUUUGAAGCAUAGUGAAGAUGUGCAAUACUUGAAGCAAAAGAUUCAGGAUGUUCAAAACAAAUUGAACCAAUCUGGAUUAUCCUCUGGAUCAUUUGAUGAAAGAAAGCAAUUACUUGACAAGUUCAACCAUCUCACUCGUGAUAGAGUCCCCUCAUUGAUUUCUAGAAUUCAUACUGUCAACCAAGACAUUGGGAAGAGUAAGGUUGAAUUGUUCAAGGUCAAGCUUCUUAAGGAAAAUCCUAACUGGAAACCAAAUGAUGCUGAUUCUGAAAUUGUUGGCACUGGUCCAAAUGGCACAAUCACUGAUCUUGACAGAAGAAAGUGGGAAUCCAAGCAAAAAUUGAAGCAGCGUAUGGCAGCAUUGACAGGUAGAUCAUCUAGCUCUGGUACAAACUCUGAUUUGGACUUUAAAUUGAAGCAAGAGUCCGAUAAUGCCCAAAAGGAAAGUCAAAAUCAAUCACAAGCUAUUAAUGAUAUUGAAACUAGUAUCAAGGAAUUAGAAGAUGGGGUUGUAACUAACCUCCAAUCUACCAACAGAGAAGAGGUUGGAGAUGACAAGUGGGAGAAAGGAAAUGGUGUAACUGAAGAAGUUGGACAAUUCAUUCAAGAAUUGAAGAGAUUUGCUGCUAACAAUUCUCAUGCCACCUCCAAUGCUGCUCAGGUUGCUCCUCAAGCCCAACCAUCUGUCUCGCGGACAAACUCAAGCUCUCAAGCUCCUGCUUCAAGCAUUGAAACUCAAUCUGAGAGAUACAAGACUCCAGAAGAAAGAACUGCUUACAUUAAGGCCCAAGCACAAAAGAGAAUGAAUGAGAGAUUAGCAAAAUUAGGUAUUUCUAGAUCUAGAACUGGUUCUGAGGCAUCAGAACAAAAGCCAGCCCCAGCACCUACGCCACAGGAACCUAUCAAGUCUGUCCAACCCGUCCAACCCGUCCAGCCUGCCCAGCCUGCCCAACCUGUCGAGCCUGUUCAGUCAGAACCAGUUAAACUGCAACAGCAGCCCGAAAAAGCUGAUGAAGACUCAUCUUCUGAAGAUGACGAUGAAGAAUAUGCAGCUUUGAUGAAGCAAAAGCAAGAAAUUGAAGCCCGUGAACGCGAGCGUAAGUUGAAGAAGCAAAAGCAGAAAGAAGAAAGGUUAGCCAGGCUCAAGAAAGAAAUGGAGGAUUUGAAAAACAAACCAAAUGAUGACUCCGAGGAUGACGAACCAGUUGCUAGUGUUCCAACUUAUGGACCUAGCUCUGUGAAGAAGGAGGCAGCUCCAAUCGCUCCAUCAGUUAGCUCACCAGCUGUAUCAUCUCCAGCAGUCCCAGUUUCUACCCCUGCGAAGGAAGUUACUCCAGCGCAGCCUGCAAGUGUUGAGUCGAAACCCCAUGAUAGUAAUCCUUUUGCCAAAAUGGGUCAACAGCAACCAUCGUCAACUGCCGUCCCUCGUGCCAACACUAACCCAUUCUUCAAGUCAACACCUAAGGACUCGGGUAUUGAUGCUAAGAAGGCAGCAGCGCAGCGUGCCUCUCAAAGAGGAUUGGCUGAUGACAACGAUUGGAGUGAUGCAGAAGAGAACAACUCCAGCGAUGAAGAUGAACCAAACAGAGCCGGCGCUGCUCAAUUAGCUAGUCUUUUGUUUGGUGGAAUGCCACAACCACCAUCUAAAACUCCUACCUUGGAGAAGCAGGAUCCAAUUCAGGCUUCGCCUUCUCAAAGGACCUUAGCUCAAGAUGCUCGCGAACCAUCUACCGAUGCUGAAUCCUUCAAAUCUGCUAACAACACCCCACCACCAGUGGCACCUCCUGUUGAGGCACCUCCUGUUGAGGCACCUCCUGCACCAGAAGCACCACCUGCACCAGAAGUACCAGCUGCUGCACCCCCUCCACCUCCACCACCCGCAAUCGAGCCAACUCUGGAGGGCUUCUCAUUUCCACCACCACCACCUCCUCCUGCUCCUCCAAUUCCUUCCCAGGGUGUUCCAGAUGCACCACCACCUCCCCCACCAGUACCAAGCAAUGUUCCACCACCACCACCACCUUUGCCACCUCAGGGUGUUCCUGGUGGUCCACCACCACCUCCACCACCUCCACCAGUAUCAUCUGGCGCACCACCUUCUGGCGGGGCUCCCGAUAUUGGAGCUUUAUUGGGGCAAAUCACUGGUGGUAAAUCAUUGAGAAAAGUUGAUGAUAGCGAGAAGCGUGUUGCUGACGGUGCAGUCGUGGGAAGAGUUUUAUAA